ACUGAAGGGAGACAACAACUCAUUAGAGCGGGAGAAACAACACACCCACCGCCGGAGAGUUUUCACCGUCGCCGGUAACCAUUUCAACCUCCUUAACAAAAACCUCUCAUUUCUUCCAAACAAAACCACCGGAAAAUUCACAGUGAGGUAAACAUCUCAACGAUGGCCGACAACGAACGCCUUCUCGCGAGAGAGCGCCUCCAGAUCGAGCAGAUUCGAGCCCUCGAUCUCGAGGAACUGGAGGUCGAGGAGGUCGAUGACGACUACGACGACUCCUCCGCCGACGACGCCCCCGCCACUGGUCGAGGCAUGGCUGAUGAGUACACCUUCAAUACCUGUUUGGCUUCAUUGCAUACAUACCUUGGCGAGGUUGAAGAUACUCAUCAUAGGAUGGCGUUUUUGGACGGCGGAGCUGUAUUGAACCUCCCUAUCUUCUAUCUCGAAGGGGUUGUCCUGUUCCCAGACGCUACUCUUCCACUCAGAGUUAUUCAACCGAAUUUUAUAGUUGCUAUUGAGAGAGCACUGAAUCAAGUCGAUGCUCCUUAUACCAUUGGUGUGAUUCGUGUUUACAGAGAUCCUGACAAUAGAAGCAUAAAGUUUGCAAAUGUUGGGACAACUGCGGAGAUUCGCCAAUUUAGGCGAUUAGAGGAUGGCUCACUGAAUGUGGUAACCCGUGGUCAACAGCGAUUUCGUCUAAGACGACGUUGGAUUGAUGUGGAAGGAGCGCCAUAUGGGGAAAUUCAAAUUAUACAAGAAGAUGUACCAUUGAGGGCUCCACGGGCUGCAUUUGGAGAUCUGGCACCAUUUAGUCACCGGAAAGGCCAUAAUUUCCCACGUGCAAUGCCUUCACACACUUCUCGUAGGAAUUCAAAUGGAUCUAUGGAUGUGGACAAUGAUUCAGAGCCAAAUUCAGAUGAAAGCUUUGAGAGCGCACUUUCUUUGACAGAAAGGGAAAUUAACCGAUCUGCAAUUCAAACCUCUUAUGGAUCUGAUGUAAUGGAUGAAUCAACAAGCAGUGAUGGUGAGAAAUCAGAAUUCCAAUCUCAAGGAUCACAAUCUAAAGACUCUGAUUCCACAGAUUCAUUGCAUUCAUGCCCCGAGAGUUUGGUUGAUGUGGGGACCAGUUCUAUAUCAGAGAUGCAAUCAUCCAAACAGAAAGAUUCAAGUAUAUGUUGGAGAAAUACAGACUCUAAACAGAUACGUAGAGUUCCUAGAGCAUUUUGGCCCUAUUGGGUAUAUCGCAUGUAUGACUCCUAUUGUCUUGCUCAAGAAGCAGCAGAUAUGUGGAAACAGAUAGUUGGAGCACCAUUAAUGGAUUGUCUGGUGAAGAAGCCUGAUCUUUUGUCAUUUUACAUCGCUAGUAAAAUUCCUGUCUCUGAAUCUACAAGGCAGGAGCUUUUGGAAAUUGAUGGUAUUUCAUAUAGGCUACGCCGGGAAAUUGAGUUGCUUCAGACUGUUAAUCUUAUCCGCUGUAAAACUUGUCAGACUGUUUUUGCAAGGCGGAGUGAUAUGCUGGUGAUGUCGAGUGAAGGUCCUCUAGGUGCUUAUGUGAACCCCCAUGGUUGUGUGCAUGAGAUAAUGACUCUACACAAAGCAACUGGCUUGGCACUCAUAGGUUCAGCAGUGAAAGAAUACAGCUGGUUUCCUGGAUAUGCAUGGACAAUAACAAACUGUGCAACCUGUGAAACUCAAAUGGGUUGGCUCUUUACAGCCACAAAGAAGAAUUUGAAGCCUAGAUUGUUCUGGGGGAUUCGGAGUUCCCAAGUUUCUGAUGACUUGCACUAAUAUCUCAGAUCAAAUCUUUUAUGUAAUGCGCUAUAUUUGUAUAUAGCUAGCUACUUGUAUCUAUCUGCAAAUUGACACUGCACUUGUUAAUCUUAUUUAAGAUCAGUACGCUUUACCUCCCUGUAAUUCAUAUAUAGAAAAGGUAGUCGUGGUAGAUAUUUCAGAGAUCCUUCUGGCUUGAGAGCCUUUAACCUUGUAGCUGUUAAACAUCAGCAUGUUGGAAGUACCAUGUGAAAUGGUAUUUAUAUAUGAGAAUGCUUUAGUAUUACAGCAUUAGGGACUCUUGUUUAUGUAUGAGCUCAGCUCCUUCGUUUGUUUUACCCAUUUCCACAAUGACAAUG